CUCAGACAGCGUCAGCAAAAUGCCGAUCCACCCGCUUGCCACGUGUACCACCUUCGGAUGAAUUGGUGGCAUAAGCUGAGACGAACUUGGAGUCUUGUCCCUGCUCUGCUCAAACUUCGCAGAUCUGUAGGUGGUGGCUGCGGCAGAGCAGGCGGCGGCGAUGGAGGUGGAUUGGUGAAGCUGAGAGAUGAAGUGGAAAUUUGUGGUUACAGAGACGUGGAGGUCAUGUGGAACAUGUUGGGCAUAAAGCAAACGGAGAAGAUAGAAGGAAGAGGAAGGGUGAGAGUGAAGAUGAAGUUACUGAAGAUGAAGAGGAAGAAUUGCAAGCGUGGCAACAAGCCACGACCUGUUUGGAGGCUUUUCUUUCGGACCAAUCACACCCCAUAACUUCAAUAAGAAGAAGAAGAAGAGGGACAUCUAAUCGGAAGCAGAGUGCAGAGUUGAUGAGCAAAAUAAAGAAA